AUGCGGACUGGGCAGCUAUUAUGGAACCAUAGGAGGUCCGUACACAUACUUCAGUCCACAACUGAAAGCCCAAGAAAGAUACGUUCCUCCUGGAAAGAAUUUUUAUACUAACCCAGGAAAGAAAGGAACUGGAUAUGGUUAUGCAAACCUUACCAUAGGUGAACAAUAUGCGCAUGAACCUGAUGGGUAUGAUGUAGAAAGAAUAAAUGCAAAGAAAGUGCAAGAGGAACAUAAACGGUUGCUUAAAGGAGGGCCUUUCAAGUUAAAUCUAUAUCCCCAGGAGUAUUUUGACAUGAAUCCCUAUUUUAAUGACAAACCUUUGCCACCUCUGAAGAAGCCAACUCCAGAGAAGCCAGUUGCACCACCCUUCAAACCAAGUUCUCCUGCUAAAAAGUCAGGGGGCACUAAAGCAGGCACAUUUGAUCCUUACCCAAGCCAUUCUGCUGACCCUUACGUAAUUAAAAAACCUAAGGCUGUCCCAACUAAUAAAGAACAACAGAUCUUUCUUCCUCCUCCUGGACCAAAAAGCAGACCUGUUAAGAGCAUAAUAACUUUAAAUGUCACAAGAUCAUUAAAUGUCAAGAACUAUAAGACUGCACAGCUGACAUCUUACUAG